AUGAAGUUCAAGGGCAAUCACUUUCUGCGUAUCCAACUGCUUCCGGCUAUCAUUCCGGAGCUAAACGAACAUGAGCAGGAGUUUCCGGAUUUUCGACUCGUCGAUGGACCAUCAACUAGUCAAGGACGAUUGCAGGUGUUCUACAAGGCAAAGUAUCGAUCCGUUUGUACCCGUGGCACGAACUGGACAGAGGCGGACUUCGAGGUAGCAUGCAAAUCGAUGGGGUUUGGAAGCGGUGGGUUUUGGAAGUGGUUCCGACGGCAGAACGACACUGCGCCGUUCGUGAUGUCUAAACCGGCUUGCAACCGUUCGGAUACGAACCUCAGGAACUGCGCCAAUUGGACGGAUGACGUCAUUGCAUUAGCGGAGAACCUUUGUCAGGGCGAAGAUGAUAUCGGCGUUUUCUGCUGGGGCCCCCCAACAUUUCUAGGCCAUGAAUAUCACUGGAUGGGGAUCGAUUUUCAAGACGCUCCGUGGCAUUACGUGACCGACAUCUCUGGCAUAUCGCAGAUCAGGGAAUCUAACUCACGGCUGGAACACGUGGACAUCCUCUAUUCCGGAUACGACAGGUAUAGUUGAUU